AUGUCCAGCAUCGGACCUCUCGGGCCUCCGCCCACGGCCCCAAUCGUCAAUCCUAUCUUGUGGGCCCCAGAGCUCCCGACGAACAGGCCGCAGAUGCACGUGGAGACGGCGGCGGCGGUGGCGCCCGGCAUCCGACGGCACCUGGUCGCCGCAGCGCCGCCGCCGCCGUGGGCGGCCGAGGGCGGGCCCCCGUCGGAGCGCCACGUGGUGACGCCGACGGAGCUUGAGGAGCGCGCAGCGGCAGUCCACGAGAUGACCUUUCACAAGACGUCAGAGUUGUCAGGUGCUCGGCUAGAUCCACACGAUCCAAAGGCGCCCUUCGGCGCCACCGCCAAGGACGACCAAGGGGAACCGCUGACGGAACGUGAGGGGCCCGAGGAUGAUCCGUACGGCUGCAGCACCGGCGUCACCGUCAGUGGCGGCGCCAACGGCGGUUGCGACGGCGGCGCCGCCGGUCCCGCCGCGGCGGCUGAGGAGGAGAUUUUGUUGGGCGAUGGCACGCUGGCUUCGGCAGAGGUGGCCAUUGCGGUGCUGGCCAGGGGCGGGGACGACGGCGGCGGCAGGAGCAGCGCUGCUUGA